AUGAGUUCGAGCAAAAUCGACACCGCUUCCGAAAAUGUUCACAAAAGCAAUGAACACGCGGCGAGCUUGGAGCACGCAUUUAAUGUUGCAGGUGUCGGCUGGUACAAUAUCAAGUAUUGUAUGGUGUUGGCCCUGUUCCUGAUAUCAGCGAUCGUGGAGCCCUUGGGCUACUCUUAUGUAUUGCCUGCCGCAAAAUGCGACCUCAAAAUGACGGACGCGCAACGCGGUUUCCUCAGCUCUGUACCUUUUAUAGGAAUUGUAUUGUCCUCAUUCCCCUGGGGAUAUUUGGUGGAUACGAAGGGGAGAAAGAUGACGGUUAUAUGCAGUUCGUUAGUCGGCGGCGGGCUAUCAAUCAUCUCCGCGUUCAUGCCGGACUUUAGCAGUUUUACAGUAUGCAAAGUUUUCGCCUCUCUGUGCAUCGCGUGUCCUUCUUCUGUGCCUUACACGUUUAUAGGCGAAAUCUUACCGCUAAAGUACAGAGACGUCACUCUGUCUAUAAUCAACGCAAUGCAGAUAUUAGGAUCAGUCUUGGUUCCAUUGCUAGCUUGGGCGAUUCUACCGCUCGACUUCAGUGUAGAUUUUGGAGCAUACAACUUUCGCCCGUGGAGACUACUAACGAUAAUCUACGGAUCCACCUUCUUGAUAUCAGCUAUGCUGCUGUUGUGUGGCCCAGAGAGUCCAAAGUUUCUAUUGUCACAGGGCAGGCACGACGAAACACUCGAAAUACUGAAGAUGAUUUAUUCUAAAAACACGGGAAAAUCCUGUGACGAAUAUCCAAUAAAACAAUUGCAUAUGGAAGGUUGUGUUAAAAAGGAAAAAAUCGGAUUUUUUACUUCUUUGAAGGUGCAAUCUGUACCGUUGUUAAGGGCGCCAUACUUGAAAUGGAUGUCUCUCAACAGUUUUAUUUUCAUUGGUAUAUUUGCAACGUUGAAUGGACUCUACGUUUGGUUGCCAGACGUGUUAAACCGGGUUUUGACGGGAGACGGCGAAGGACUCACUGCCUGCGAAGUAAUUGCUCAGCGGCUAAACAAAACCGGGUCCCACGUUGCUAUUUGCAAUGACAGAAUUGACACGAUAACUUACAUCAUUAACUGCAUCGCGAACGUCUCCUGCGCCCUUAUCGCAAUCGUCGUCAGCAGCACAGUCAAGAUUAUCGGCAAGAAAAAACUGCUCACGGCUGUGCUCACGCUCGUUGGCGUCUUCUGCAUUAUGAUAAACAUCGUGACCCAAGACAUAUUGUUCGCGAUUUUCCUGUCGGCGAUACCGAUUAUUGGACUGGCGAUUGGUCCGGUUAACGCUUACGCAGUCGAAAUCUUUCCCACCCAUCUACGGGGCAUGGCUGUAUCUUUGUCGAUGAUGAUCGGCCGUUGCGGAUCCAUUGUAGGGGCCAACGUCGCUGGGUUGCUUUUGAACGCCGCCUGCACCGCUACUUUCUACAUGUUCGGAGGAUUCCUGAUUCUUUGCGCCUUAUCAUCUUUCCUGCUGCCAAAUUCCAAGCGGGAUGAGGUGAAAACAGAAAUUAUAACAAGACUA